CCGCCAUCAGCCAUAUGCACUUCUCUAUCUUCUCAUUUAAAACAAAUUCUCCAUGAAAUAGCGGUAGAACGCGGCCUCGAGAAUGGCCACAUCGGGUGCUGUUCAGGUGAAACUAGAACUUGGACAUCGUGCCCAGGUCAGAAAGAAACCCACGGUGGAAGGCUUUACGCACGACUGGAUGGUGUUUGUCCGAGGACCAGAGCACAGCAACAUUCAGCACUUUGUGGAAAAAGUAGUUUUUCACCUGCACGAAAGCUUCCCAAGACCAAAAAGAGUGUGCAAGGAUCCACCCUAUAAAGUGGAGGAGUCUGGAUACGCAGGCUUCAUCUUGCCCAUUGAAGUUUACUUCAGAAAUAAGGAAGAACCUAAGAAAGUGCGCUUCGACUACGACCUGUUUCUACACUUGGACGGCCACCCGCCAGUCAAUCACCUGCGCUGCGAGAAGCUCACCUUCAACAAUCCCACGGAGGAGUUCCGCAGGAAGCUGCUUAAAGCCGGCGGGCAACGGGAUCCUCACAAAAGAAGUUUGGACGACUCUCAAGUGAUGGUAAUGCAGGAGGGUUCCACAUCUCUGUUCGGCCAGCACCUCAAGCUGCCCACUCUCCCCAGCAACUCCCUGACAUUGACCUUCUCAGACGCUAAGAAAAGCAAGGCCUUCCCAGGGUCGAAGGACGGCUUCAAAGGAUCUGACUCUCUCCUCACCACAACCACCACCAGCUCAUCCAAGCUCCACAAACCCUCCAAGGACUACAAGGACAAGCCUUUGAAAGAGCCCAAAAGUGCCUUCAGAGACUGUAGCAGGGAACCAAGCAAAGCCUCCAAAGAUACAUCCAAGAAACCCAAAGAGAACCAGCCUCUUCGGGACAACCCCCCCAUCCCCAAGAUGGGCUUCAAGGAGCCCAAGGCCAUGUCCAAGGAGCACCGGCAGGAUGGGGGCUACUCGCACGGGGCUGGGAAUGGGACAGGGACUAACAAGCGACUGUCCAUCACCGACAGCGAGGACCACCUGACCAAAAAGCGCAAGAAGGGCUUCUCGGAGUUGACGUUAAAGCCACCGGGGGGCUCGUUGCUGCCGUACCCCCAGUCCCACUACUCGGAUAAGAAACUGCUGAAGGACAAAUCCCAGGUGCGGCCCGCUAAACUGCGGGUGGACGGCGGUGAGGCGCUGGGGGAGCGCAGGAAGGCGCCGACGCUACCUCCGUUCUCGGAGUUGACGGACGCCAACGACUCCGACAUGGAGGACAAUAUGUCCACCAAAUCAGAUUCGGAGCAGCCCAGUCCAGCCAGUUCAAGCUCUAGUUCCAGUUCAGGAUUUGCAGCCAGCCACAAACGCCAAGUGGCCGAAUUCGUCCGCAGGAAGGUAGGGGCCGUCCCUGCCACAGCCCACACAGUGUUGGGUCCCCUUCGUUCAAUAAUUCACGACCUGCACUCCGACGACAACGAGGAUGAUUCGGAGGAGGAGGACAACGAUGACAACGACAUGGACUCUGACCUGGAGCGACCGAUACACACGCACAUGACACACCGCCACCGCCGGGUCAGCUUGAGUGAUGGCACUGAGAGUGAAAACAGCUCAGCGCCCUCUCCCCACUCUCGCCACGAGCCCCCGCCUUUAAUAAACACCAGUAAUAACCAGAUACUGGAGGUGAAGAGCCCCAUUAAGCAAACGAAGCAGGAUAAGAAUAAAAACAUUGACUGUGACAAGGCUUACCUGGAUGAGCUGGUGGAGCUACACAGACGACUGAUGACACUGAGAGAGAGGCACAUACUCCAACAGAUAGUGAACCUCAUCGAGGAGACUGGACACUUCCACAUCACAAACACCACGUUUGACUUUGACCUCUGCUCCCUGGACAAAACUACGGUGCGGAAGCUCCAGAGUUACCUGGAAACGUCUGGAACGUCAUGAGGUCUGGGAGCUGCUGGCUGCUGCAAGGAACAAUGUUGGAAGAACUUAGGAAUCUUCCUCUUUUGUUCUCCCCCCCCCCCCCACCCCCCAAAAUGUACUUUUCACUGCAACGCAAAAAGACGACCUGUCACGGCCGGGCCCUGCCCCGGGUCUUAGUGCCUGGCCUUCUGGUCGCUCCACAAUGCUCGUUGGAUCCUGUCUCUCCACGCGACCAGGGUAGCCCGUAAGCACAGACCAGAACGAUGUGUCGUGUCACCCUGGAGAUUAGUCCUGUCGACCAGGAAUAUCACCCAGAAAGCCUUGAAAAAUUCCACAGUUGACAAAAAAAACGUGGUGAAGAAAGAGACCUUGCUUUUAAAACUAAUGUGCAUAUUAUUACCAUGUAUUGAAUUUUUGGGCGUUCUUUGUGAUGAAUGGUGCAUGUUCAACACUGCCUUACCACGUUUGUCGGUCUUUAUUUAUUGAGUUUGAGUUUCGUGUGUGUGUGUGUGUGUGUGAGAGAGAGAGAGAAUAGCAACACUGAGUUAGUCUUGUGCAAGCACUUCACAACAUGCAUCUCUCUGGCUCUGGCAGGACGGUGGAGCAGCGCGUUGUCAUCACGACGUUAAGAUUUAAAUUAUCUUACGUGACGGAUGACUUGAAUGGCAAUCAAACGUCCCGCUAUAUGAAGACCCUCUCCAAAACAAUAAUUGUUAUCAGUGCCCACCGGUACGAGCUGAAGACAAAUCAUGGACUCAAAUUGUUGGAAUUAACACAAUUGUAUAUUCCAUUCUUGGUACCAAAACUUUAAUUGAUGUAUUGGACAAUGACGAGGCAAAUUUCCAAAGUGUGCUGCAUGUUGGUUUUACAAGCUCUCCACUUGUAUUAGCUGCUCAAGUUGAAACCAAGCCUAGUGUUUGAUCAAUCUAUUCUGCCCUACCAAGCAAGAAGGCAGUAACUGCUCAUAGCGUGGAACAGAUAGAAAUGGCUUUUAUUUACCUUGUUUUCACAGUAACUUGAUGCAGUUACUGCUAACAUGACCCCCAUUUUCUCCUAAAUACAAUAGAGGCAGAAUACUUGUCCACAUGAUUAAGCAUGUAUAUAAUGUUGCAAAAAUGACUAACUCAUUUUCAACCAAAUGAGCAGUUACUGCCUUUUUUGCUUGGUUGGGCAGUAUUGUAAGCAGGCCUGUGCUAAAAAGGAACUAUUUUGAAUCCUGGAAUUUUAGGGGGGGAAAAUGUACUCUUACAUAUGUAAGACAUUGAAUCUUAUUUAUUUCACGGUGACCUCCGUUGCCAAAUCAAAGUUGUGCAUUAGAAUUGAGAGAAACUGAACUGAUUUUUUUUUUUUUUUGUGGAACUUUGUUCUUUUUGCUAGCCUGAGGAGUUGAAGUUAAUUUUGGUAUUCCUGUUGAGGCAUCGCUCUCAGCAGACAGUGGUUGUAGCUGCUCACAGGGCCACGCAAAGGCAGAACAUGUUGCAUUUCUUCUUGACCAAUGUCAGUCUUAUGAGUUUGUGUAUUCUUAGGACAUACAAUAAAAAUGCUGUGUUUUGUACAGAUGAGGACAUGUGCAACCUGUGGUAAAAAUAGUUAGUCACUGUAAAUGUAAACAUUCUUUGUUUUGACU